GAAACCUGAUUAAGCUGUAUAAUUACGAACUCUCGAUUUAUUUCCCAUUGUGUUGGGAACUCCGAGCUACGAGUCCAACGAUCCGAUUUGUGUUGGGAACAUCGAUUUACGCACUUGUUAAUAUGGCCGGUGAAUGGUGAAUGAACUUGAUUGGGUCAUGCAGAGAAAUCGUAGAACCAAAUCCCGAAUUGAUUAUCGAUCCUUACACGAAGGGAAUUGGAACAGUAGUGUGUCCGAUAUAUCUGAAACGAACCCUCAAGAACUGUCUAUAAACAUUGCAAAUCAAGAGGACCUAUUUUUCGCUUCGUGUGCAGGAAUGGCUGAAGGGGGUAAAUCUGUCACGCCCCGGGCUAAUCGCAGUCUAGAGAACGUUUGCAUCGAGUCUCCUUUGGUUAGUGAUGUGGACAAGCGCCUUGAGGAGGCAGACCGGGAGAUCGCGCUGUUAGAGAAAAAACUGGAGUCGGCCAGAUUGAACAGUGCAUUAAAGGACAGAAGGAAGAAGCGGGAUGAUCUUCAGAGGCAGUUAGAUGACAUCCAGCAGGAUCAGCCUCAAUCAGCAGCGACUGGCCUUGGUUCAGACACUGCCUGGUCACAGCUUAGGAAAGAUCUCAAGGUGUCCGCUAGAGCAGCCUUCGCUGAGGGUACUUAUAGAAAUUUCCGUACACAAUGGAAAGCUUAUUUUCUGUUUUGCGAAGCGUUCCGGAAACAGCCGUUGCCGGUAAGCACGGAGAUUAUAUGCCUUUACGCUCAGUUUUUAAGUCGGACUUUCAUCAGUGUCGAUUCUAUUCGCAACUAUAUAGCGGGAGUCAAAACUCUUCACAUGUUGCUAAACUUAAAGUAUGACAUUAGACAAUAUGAACUGAACUUAGUUUUGAAAGGUUUGUCGAGGUUGAACCCACAUUGUCCCUCUCAAGCGAAACCUAUCACCCCUCAGAUUCUCGGUAAGAUACAUCAGCGACUAGAUCAUGAUGAUCCAGAGGACACCACUCUGUGGUGUAUGUUUUUAUUCAGUUUCUAUCUCAUGCUGCGGAAGUCUAAUUUAAUGCCUAAUAGUAGUCACAAAUUUGACCCUAGUAAACAUCUUUUACGACAGGAUAUUUUAGUAGAGGAUGGGGUCCUCUUGGUUGUCGUAAAGUGGUCUAAGACCAAUCAAUUCGGACAUCGGAUCGUGCGUUCCCCUCUGGUGGCCAUUCCUGGGUCCCCACUUUGUCCUUUACAUGCCUUUGUUCGCAUGACUGAUCUAAACCCUGCACGUCCCAGGGCCCCAGCCUUCCUUAAGACUACAGGAAAGAAAAUUGUCCCCUUUUGUUACCCACAAUUUCAGCAGAGGCUACGGGAACUUAUUCAUAGUGUAGGCCUAGAUGCUGCCUCGUUCUCUUCGCAUAGUUUUCGCAGGGGAGGGGCCACUUGGGCCUUUUCUUUGGGGAUUCCAGGGGAGUUAAUUCAGGUGCAGGGGGAUUGGGCCAGCGACGCCUACAAAACGUAUAUCAGUUUUUCCUUAGAGGAUAGGCUUCAGGUUUGCAGAAACAUGAGAGAUGCAAUUUUAGCAUUGCAUCAUUAACCAAGUUAUCAGCCUCCCGCAGUUUUUUCGGGCUUGGUGGCCGGAGGCUUGGCGGCCCCUCAAACUGCUUGUAUUUGUGUUUAAUAUGUUUGCUUAUUAACAUGCUUAUUCAUAAGUAUUAUUAAUUUGCUUAAUUUGAGCUUUGUUUGAUUUGAGCUAUGUUUAAUUUGAGCUAUGUUUAAUUUGAGCUAUGUUUAAUUUGAGUUUUGUUUAAUUGAGCUUUGUUUAAAUUGAUCUUCAUUUAUUUGAGUUUGAUCAUGUAGAUGCUUAAAGCUGUGUGUUCGAUAACAAGCUUGCAUGUAGUGCUAGAGGUGUAUUUCCUUUUGGGGUUGCCUUGCUUAUGCCAUUUGCAUACCAGAGACAUUUAAGUAAAGUGGAGCAUGGCACCCUAACUGGCUGACGCCUUCUAAUGUGUUAUACAAUAAAUUGUUACGGGCAUACAGUUGUUAUGUUGUAAAUAUCGUUGACCAGGCAGGGGAGAGAAUUGUAAAAUUUUAA